AUGACUAAAACACAUAACUUUAAUAGUAACACGUCUUAUGAUACAUCUUUAUGCGAUAAUAAUGUAAACAAAUCACAGGCUAGUUGGCUUCGCGAUGCUAUGGCCCGUGAGCAUCAAAAAUUCUGUUCUUCUGUCCUUAAAUCUUUAAAAAAUCAUCCAUCGGCAGUUCCUUUUCUUGAACCAGUUGAUCCGGCAAAGUACGGGAUCACCGAUUACUUUGAUAUUAUUAAGAAACCUAUGGAUCUAGGAACCGUCGAAAAAAAAUUAAAUAAUUAUGAAUACUCUACUGUUCUUGCUUUUGUACAAGAUGUCAGGCAAAUAUUUGCCAAUUGUAUCAUGUAUAACGGUACAACACAUGCAUUUUCCGUUUUCGCAAAGGAUCUUGACAAUUUGUUUAAUCAGAUGCUUAGUAAAAUGCCUGGAGUGAAGGAAGAACCUACCGUUAAGACAGAGCCUUCUAACGUAUCUGACUCUAAGAUUUGUCUUUCUGGAGAGUCAUUGGCGAGUAAAGCACCCGUUGAAUCGAUAAAUCGACCAAAGAGGACCAUCAAAGCACCCUCUAAAGAUUUACCUGAGGCUCCUUCGGUUAAACGUAAAAAAAGUAAAUUAAAUCAGGAACUCAGUUUUUGUCGUGAUGUGAUCAGGGAGUUACGUAAAAAAGUUCAUUGGGCUUAUGCUUAUCCUUUUUACGAACCCGUCGACGCCGAAAAAUUAGGUGUUCCUGAUUAUUAUAAUAUUAUAUCAAAUCCUAUGGAUCUUUCUACAAUAAAUAGGAGGUUAGAAAGCGGACAGUAUUCAAAUACUGAUGAGUUUGAGUCAGAUAUCCGUUUAAUGUUUCAAAAUUGUUAUACGUAUAAUGGAAGGGGUUCUGAGGUAUAUAAUAUGGGGAAGAUGCUUGAAGCUGUAUUUGAUAAGAAAUGGUCAGAGAAACCUAUUAUUCCUCAAUAUCGACGACAAAUGAAAGUUGAAGAUUUUUCAGAGUCAAAUAGUUCAUCAGAUAAUGAUGAAAGUGAUGAUCACAGUGAUCACAUAAGAGCUCUACAGUUACAUUUAGAGGCUUUGUCAUCAGAAAUUUCUCAGAUAACAAAGAAACGUAAACCAUCCAAAUUUAAGAAAAAACACGGUUCUAAAAAGAGCACUUUUGCUCCCUCAGCAGGAACAGGUAAAAAAUCACUGAAGCGUCCUAAAACAGAAGCUAAAAAAUC